AUGUGGUUCCAUUUCACAUUGCUUAUGACAGUAUGGAUCUCAGCUGUGCUAGCACAGAAGGCUUCAGCAACAGCCGUGGCUGCCAUGGAGACAUCAAUGCCAGUUGAUUCGCGCAUCAAACAGGUCAUCGUAGGUGGCUUCCAGCCGGCGGCAACGCCCGGAGGUCAGCCCAUACCAGUCAUGGCAUUUACACCAGAGACGGUGACAGCGGAAAUCGGUGAUACGAUCCGUUUUACCUUCCUUGGUAAUAACCAUAGCGUCAUGCAGACAUCGAUGGAAGCACCUUGCCAGGCUGUAGCAAACGGCUUUAACUCGGGACUCCAACCAAACCCAAACAACGACCUUGCCACGGCACCAACUGUGGAUUUGGAAGUGAAGGGGCCAGAGACGUUGUACAUGAGCACUCUAAGCACAGAGAGUUGCGGAGCGGGCAUGGUGCUAACGAUUAAUCCACCACUAGAAUCUCAGCCAGGCAACCACACCGCGUUCAAAGCCGCAGCCAUUUCCGCUGGGAAUCCAGGAGGAAGGGUAGCAGCUAUCGUCGCAGCGACGCCUGCUUCUCAAGUCGGGAGUACAAUUAGUGUCCAAGUAGGAGGCACAGCUUCGCAGACAAGUGCUGCAGCUGCAGUGGCACAGUCUGGCAUAGUUGUUCAAGGCACAGGACGCACGAACAACGGACAGCCUUGUGGCUGUUCGUGUUUGUGCGGAGGGAGCGCAUCGCCACCGUCCGGCGUGGCUGCAGGCAAUUUCGGAGGCGUUGUUGGUCAAAUGCCCGCUGCCGGUAUAGCAGCCGAGGCCGUGGCGCCGACAAGUAUCGGGGCGAUGAGAGCGGCAUUCGUGAGUGGACAUGAUGAAAGGCGGCUCCAUUGA